AUGUCGCUUCCACCAGAAAUAUUACAAGCGAUAUUUGAAGAACUUGAUGAACCUUCCUUGUACUCAUCAAUAUUGGUCAAUCGAGAUUGGUGUCAAAAUGCUAUUAGCAACCUUUGGGCUAAUCCUUUAGAAUUUGGUUAUAAUAAUCGGAAUCAAAUUUAUUAUGACAAACUUGCAUCAAUUCUUUCGACGUAUAUUUCUUUACUUCCCAAUGAAUCAAGACAUAAAUUAAUUGAAGUUUAUAUAGCAAGACCAGAGGAUUUUUCAAACAUUAAUUUAAUGUUUAAUUAUUCACAAUUUUUACAAAAUUUAAACUAUAUAUUAUUACAAGAUUCAAUUGAAAAAAUUUUGGAUAUACAAUAUGAUGGAAAUGAAAGCGAUAGAAUUAAUUUGGUUUCCGAAGAAUUACUCAAAAUGUUUCUUAAUCAAAAUUCACGUUUAAAAUCUCUUGACUUUAGUUAUCAAAAAUUGUCAGGAAUUAUUAUUUCUCAUUUAGAUAAAAGAAUUAUCGAUUUUCCUUUAGAGAUCAGUUUGGGUAAUCUACCUGGUAUUAUAACGGCACUUUCAAGACUUAAAAAAUUUAGUUGCAAUACACCGUCCAAAUUUCUUUCAACAUUAGCAGCAAUCACUUUGGAACUUCAAAGCUUAAAUAUUUACGAUGGAGAAGACUCACAUGGAGUUAUUAGUCUUAUUAACGCACAAAAAAAACUUAAAGAAAUUGAUAUUCAUAUAUGUCGGGACAUUCCUAGGAUAAUUUCAGUGCUUAGUAAUAAAUCUAAAACUUUUCAAAAAUUUGCAUUAAGUGCUCGUAAUGCAUAUAUUUCUAUUGGACUUCCAUCACUUUCAGAUUGUCUAGAAAUAUUAUGUAAUUCAUCAGAUCUUGAAGAAUUAACAUUAAUUUUUCCACGAGGAGCACUUGCACAAGCACAAUGGUUAAUUCGACGACAUGCAGCACAAAUGCGACUAAGAUUACAACAGCAACAAACGAGAACAUUACAAUUUUUAAAUCAAACUAUUCGAGCGCAUAGACAAAACUUUCCUCAUCAAAGUCAUCAAAGAGCAUCAGCACAUAGACGAAAUCGAGCGAUGUCUCGUACACUUGAAGGAUCACUACAAAAUCCAUUUCUUAUAACUAGUCCAAGACCUAUACCUAUAAGAACGACACAACAUCAGGAGAAUAAUCGUCAAUCGAACACAUUUGUUACACAACCACCACGUCAGAUCCUUUUUACAAAUUCAGGACCUACAAAACUUCGAAAGCUUAUGAUUACUUAUCAUUUAUCGCACUAUAUUCAAUCAUUUGUGUCAUUAAUUCAAAAUACUAAAGGAACUCUUGAAAUUAUCAAGUUAGAUAUUACAAAUGCUUUAGAUCCACAUAUCUAUCCAACAUUAUUUUCGACAAUUGUGAAUAAUUGUCCAAAUUUGACGUUUAUUCACUUGUAUAUUCCCAAUGAAUCACUUUUUGAACUUUCACAAUUAUUUAGGAAAUGUUUAAAAUUAGAAGAUAUUCAUUUAUUUGGAGAUCAAAAUAACUCUAUUGAUAUCAGCCCAUUCCUUGAAGAAAUGAGUACGAUAGUACCUAUUGGUUUAAGAAAGUUAGAAUUGGGAAUAUCUUGGAAUUAUUCAGUAGAUGCGCUUAGAUCCUUUUUAGGAUCUUGUAUGAUUAAAUUAAAAUUUAAACCAUGUAAAUUUUAUCAUGGUGAUUUAUCUGAUGAAAUUGAUAAUUUAUUUCAAUUUUAUCAAAUAAUCGGUAAUCAUCAUACAAUAUUAGUAUUCGAUCUACAAAAGCUCGCUCGAGAACUCGAUUUUUUUGUUGAUAGAACUUUACGAAAAACGCAUUGGCGUAUAGUAAAACAUUUAAUUGGAUAUAUAUGGCCCAAAGAUGAUUUAUCGAUAAAGAUUCGUGUUAUCGUUGCAUUGUCUUUUUUAGUUGGAGGAAAGAUUCUCAACGUCCAAGUUCCAUUCUUUUUCAAAUACAUAGUCGAUUCUUUAAAUGUAGAUGCUGCUCAGAUCGGAACUGCAAUGACAGUUGUUGGUGCUAUGAUCGCUGGGUAUGGUCUUGCACGUAUUGGUUCAACCUUAUUCUCUGAACUUCGUAAUGCAAUAUUCGCUAAUGUAGCACAAAAAGCUAUCCGGCAAGUUGCCAAGAAUGUUUUUCAUCAUUUGCAUAAACUGGAUUUGGAUUUUCAUCUCAAGCGUCAGACAGGUGGUUUGAGCAGAGCUAUUGAUCGUGGAACUAAAGGCAUUAGCUUUUUGCUUUCUUCUCUCGUAUUUCACGUGCUGCCAACAGCCUUGGAAAUCGCGAUCGUUUGUGGUAUUUUGAUAAAUAAUUAUGGUACACGUUUUGCAACUGUAACUAUAAUUACGAUGGCAACAUACGCUGCAUUUACAAUAAAGACAACUUCAUGGCGUACCAGGUUUCGCAAAGAGGUCAAUCAGGCUGAUAAUGAGGCUGCAACAGUGGCAGUGGACUCUUUGUUAAAUUUUGAAGCAGUCAAAUAUUUUAACAAUGAAAAAUUUGAAACAGAACAAUAUGACAAGGCCUUGUCAAAAUACGAAAAAGCUUCUCUCAAGGUAGCCACUUCUUUGGCCUUUUUGAAUUCUGGUCAGAAUUUCAUCUUUAGUUCUGCCCUAACAGCUAUGAUGGUUUUGGCUGCUCAAGGCAUUGUUCAAGGAACACUAACUGUUGGUGAUCUGGUGAUGAUUAAUCAGCUUGUGUUUCAACUUUCAUUACCUUUAAACUUUCUCGGCUCGGUUUACAGAGAACUACGACAAAGCUUAAUCGACAUGGAUAUUAUGUUUAAUUUACAAUCCAUGAACAUCACCAUUAAAGAUACGCCUGACGUGAAACCGCUCAUUAUUCAAGGUGGUGAAAUCAGAUUUGAAAAUGUUGUGUUUGGGUACCAUCCUGAACGUCCUAUUUUGAAUGGCGUUAGUUUUGUUGCUCCAAGAGGAAAAAAAAUAGCAAUUGUAGGUCCAAGUGGGUGCGGAAAAUCGACUAUAUUGCGAUUAUUAUUCCGAUUUUAUGAUCCUCAAUCUGGAAGUAUUUAUAUCGACGGGCAAGACAUUAAAAAGGUCACUUUGGAAAGUUUAAGAAAAAGCAUUGGUGUGGUUCCACAGGAAACUGCUCUCUUUAAUAAUACUAUUUAUCAUAACAUAUUAUAUGGCAAGAUUAAUGCCAGUCCCAGUGAAGUAGAACAUGCUGCAAAAAGGGCCCAAAUUCACGAAAAUAAAACAAGCAUGUUUGUUGCACAUAGGUUAAAGUCUAUUUCGGAUGCUGAUAAAAUUUUAGUACUAUACGAUGGUGUUAUAGUCGAACGUGGAACCCAUAACGACCUUGUAAAUAAAGAAGACAGUCUUUAUGGAGAUAUGUGGUUUUCACAAGAAAUGGCAGAUCCAAUACUGGACGAAGAGUACGGUGAGAAUCAAGAAAAUGAUGGGACAGAAAAACCCGAUUCAACAAGAAAUUAG